AUGACUGCUCCCCGUUCAUCAUCACUCCGCGCCCUUCGCGUUCUUUCUCAACAGCCCGUGGCUCCUGCUGCUCGCCGCAGUCUUCACAUCACCGGAGUCCAGUCCGCUCAACCUGCCAACAACGGCGAGAAGACUCUCUCCAACCAUGAAGUCCUGCAAUCUCGUGCCUUCAACAUCGCCAUGCGCAGAAUCAACGGCAGUGCAUUCUCAGAGUAUGUGUCACUCCUAUCUGUCCUAUACUUCCACUACCUCCUUCCAUCUACACAUACUUGCCACUCUCACCCUCCAAAUAAGAAACCAAAACUGACAAAGACCAGCUCUUCCUCCCGCCAGUUCAACACCUCCCGUGCCACAAAAGCCCUGAAUGAUACUUCCACCGUCGACUUCGUCUAUAUGCCCAGAAUGGCCGACCUCGAUGCCGCUCCUCUGCAAUGGGGAGUCCAAGUCCCGGUCCUUCCCGAGCUCCCUUCCAUCCGGGGAGACCACACCCCAUCCGCCCCACCCAUGAAGCCCUUGAUCUACACCGUGGCCGGCACCGGCCCUGACGUCGCCGCCAGCGCAAUGAGCGAGGUUGUCGACAACCACGCCAUCGAUUUCGACCCAUUCUCACUUACCGAGGCCGUUGGCCGCUCACGUGUCGGCGAGGAGAUCCAGCGCCGCUCAAACGGUCACUCCGAGCCCGGUAUCGUGCGUGAGCUUUGGACUGGUUUCCUUGAUGAUGUGAUGGGUCCCAAGGAGAAUCUGCAGCGGAAUUAG